CAUUCCUUUCUGAAUGUGUGGUCACCGGUAGGUGUCCCGUGCUCCAGUGGAUGUCCCCACAGCCAUGCACAGCUGGGCAGCACUAAUUGAACUUGGAGAGAGAGAGAAAGACAGAGCGGGGAGGAGAGAAAGCAGGAGAGAGAAGAGAAGAGAGAUGAAGAGAGGAGAGGGGGAGAAGGGGAGAGACAGAGAGAGAAAGGGCGAGGUCCCGGCGCCCCAGGACUUGGCUUCUGAUGCCCGCAGAGACCCACCUGCUGCGCGCGCUGCACGAGUGCUACGCAGAGAAGAACGGGACGCAGCAGCGCUUCAUCAUGAGAUGCAUCUUCGACCGUGAGGAGUUCAUGCGCUUCGACAGCGCCGAGGGCGAGUUCCGCGCGCUCACCGCCAUGGGGCGGCCGUGGGCCGAGUCCUGGAACAGCCAGAAGGACUACAUGGAGCGACGGAGGGCCGAGGUGGACACCGUGUGCAGACACAACUACGAGCUGAACCAAGGCUUCACCGUGAAGCGCCGAGUCCAGCCUGAGGUACAUGUGUCACCCUCCAAGAAGGUCACCCUGCAGCACCGUGACCUGCUGGUCUGCCAUGUGACAGAUUUCUACCCAGGCAGCAUUCAAGUCCACUGGUUCCGGAACGGCCAGGAGGAAACUGCUGGGGUCGUGUCCACCAACCUGAUCCGAAACGGAGACUGGACCUUCCAGAUUCUGGUCAUGCUGGAGAUGACCCCACAGCGGGGAGAUGUCUACACCUGCCAUGUGGAGCACCCCAGCCUGCAGAGCCCCAUUACUGUAGAGUGGAAGGUCAGGUCUGACUCUGCCCGAAACAAGAUGCUGACGGGAAUGUGUGGCCUGGUGCUGGGACUCCUCUUCUUGAUGUUGGGCAUCAUCAUGCACCUGAGGAGCAAGAGGGCUCAGCCGAGAUCUCCAGGAUCUACAUGAGCAGGUUACACCUGCCAUAGUGUCCACCAGCUCCCAGCAGUCCAGGAACUAUAAAUCCAUCAACAGAGGCCAGAGAGAUGGCUCGGCAGGUAUGCACUUGCUAAAAUUCCAGAGGGCCCCGUUCAGUUCCCAGCAUUCCAGAGGGCCCUGUUCAGUUCCCAGCUGCCUGUAACUCCAGCUCCCAAGGAUUGUAAGCGCUCUUCUGUCCUCCAUGAGCAAACACAUGCACACAUAAAUCCAAAUAGAAAUAAAUCCAUCAAAGGGCAAAUCCACUGACAAGUUCCUGGCCUCAAGACUGCUCACCUCUGAACAACACUGCAUCAGGGACCAAGCCAUCAAUCCGUGAGCCUUUGGGGGAGCAUUUCAGAUCCAUAGCCUCAAGCAUGGCCUCAGAAAACGCAGCGAGCAGACUCCCUGGCAGAAGUCUCUGCUGUCAGAUGUCUGUCUGUCUGUCUUGACAGCAAGGUGGUCAGAGGGUCAGAAGUUAUCACUUCGUUCCAAUUUAAAUCACUUAAGUUCAAGUGAAGCCAUGAAUAACGCAGUAGCUGCCACAGCGGGCAGACGGAGUUUAUAAUGCUUGUCUACGGCUCUCCGAGUGGAUUUUAUGGGAAUGGGUGCACAGAUGAUGCUAGAGAAUUGGAAAACCGAAAUCACUGCAGAACGCAGGGCAGUUGGAGAUGAAGUAUCUCUCCGUGGCUCAUUAGCUCUCAGGUUAUCAAUCCCCAAACACAACAGACCCAUUAGCAAGCUGACAAAGUCACAGAGGAAGUGAGCCCCAGGCUGUCAGAUUACCAAACACUGCCCCGUUCAGUAGACGCCACAGAAUCACUGUUGUGGUUUGACUGUGAAAUGUCCCACACGGGCUCGUGUGUUUACACACUUAGUUACCAGCUGGAGUGCUGUCUGAGACUCAGAAUCUUUAGGAGAUGGAGCCUUGCUGGAGGAAGUGCUGUGGGAUGGUCUGUAUGUCAAAUGUGUUGCUCUGAUUGGUCAAUAAAUAAAACACUGAUUGGCCAUUGGCUAGGCAGGAAGUAUAGGUGGGACAAGGAGGAGAAUAAAGUUGGGAAGUGGAAGGCUGAGUCAGAGAGACACUGCCAGCCGCCACGAUGAGAAACAGCAUGUGAAGAUGCCGGUAAGCCACGAGCCACGUGGCAAGGUAUAGAUUAAUGGAAAUGGAUUAAUUUAAGCUAUAAGAACAGUUAGCAAGAAGCCUGCCACGGCCAUACAGUUUGUAACCAAUAUAAGUCUCUGUGUUUACUUGGUCGGGUCUGAGCUGCUGUGGGACUGGCAGGUGAUAGAGAUUUGUCCUGACUAUGGGCCAGGCAGGAAAACUCUAGCUACAAGGAAGUGGAGUGCUGGAGGGCUGCUCUCGUGUUUUACAGCCGAGCCCACUUCCUGUCUGCUCUCUAGUUCCUGACUGCCAAGGCAGUGUGACCGCUGCCUCGUCCUAUUGCCCCGCCUCUUCUGCCAUGAUGAACUGAAUCCCUUGGAACUGUGAGCCAUGAUAAACCACUCCUCCCUCACAAGCUUCUUGUCAGGGUUCUGGGCACAGCAGCGAGAAAAGGAACUGAUAGAAACACUGAGGCAAAGAAUGAAUAAGAUUUAAGAACUCAGUUCCUUGCCGGGCGGUUGUGGUGGACACCUUUAAUCCCAGCACUGGGGAGGCAGAGGCAGGCGGAUCUUUGUGAGUUUGAGGCCAGCCUGGUCUACAGAGCGAGAUCCAGUAAAGGCGCAAAGCUACACAGAGAAACCUUGUCUUGAAAAACCAAAAAAAAAAAAAAGAACUCAGUUCCUGGGGCUGGAGAGAUGGUUCAGGGGAUAAAAGUACUUAACUGCUAAUGCAGAGGACUUAGUUCAAAUCCCAGCACCACAUCAGGCAAAUGACAACCACCUGUAUGUAGCAUGAAUCUUAGAAGGUCUUUUUAAUAAAAUCAAACCUGAGCCAGGUAUUGGGGCGAACACUGGAAGAUCAGAGAGACAGAACAAGCCACAGCUAACCUCACCUGGCCAACUUCUCAGCUGACCCUGUUUCCUCAGACUGGAAGCCUCUGUGUCCUCAUAUCCGAAUGGCUCUCAGCUGAACUCUGCUGCUAGAAGCCUGAAAGCUUAACCAACCAAAUGCUUAACCAGCCAAAUGCUUCCAGUUUCUGAUCCUCAUGCCUUAUAUACCUUUCUGUUCUCUACCAUCACUCCCUGUGAUUAAAGGCUCGCUUUCUGAGAUUAAAGGCGUGAGUCACCAUGCUUGGCUGUAUCCUUGAACAGAUGGAUUUCUGCCUCUGGAAUGCUAGGAUUAAGGCAUGUGCUACCACUGCCUAUCCUAAGUAUCUAGUGGCUUUUCUGUUCUCUGACCCCAGAUAAGUUUAUUAGGGUACACAAUAUUUUGGGGAACACAAUACCACCACACCUGUAACUCCAGCUCCAGGAGAUCCACCCUCUAGCUUCCACAAUCGGCUGCAUGCACUUGGUGCACAUAAACUCACAGGUGUGCGUGCACGCACAUGCACACACACACACACACACACACACACACACACACACUUUAAAAGAACACUCCUCUGUACUUCAGUGUCUCCUCGACGUCGCCUCUGAGGUCAAGGAGCUUUGCCUGACACCUAAAAUGAGAUGAACCCCAAGAUCCUUCCCCUAAGUCUGUUGCAGCACCAGUGUCUGGGGACACUUCACACUGUCAUCAAAACAUUUUAGACAAAAGGUAAUACUGAUGGAGGCAGAUGCAGAGAUCCACGGCCAGGCACCAGGCUGAGCUCCGGGAAUCCAAUCGAUGAGAGAGAGGAGGGAUUCUGCAGGCGGGGGACAUCGAGAUCAUGAUGGGAAGAUGUACAGAGAUGACCGGCCACACUAGUGGAAGCCCAUGAAUUGUAGACUGGUGACUGUGGAGCCCCCAUGGGACUGGACUAGGCCCUCUGGAUACAGAAGAUGGUUGUUUGGCUUGAACUGUUUGGGGGGCACCCAGGCAGGGGAAUCGGGAUCCAUCCCUGGUGCAUGGGCAGGCUUUUAGGAAUCCAGUGCCUGUGGUGUGACGCCCUGCGCAGCCUUGGUGCAGUGGGAA